UGUUUACACCUGCAGUGACAGAGAGAGACACACGCAGCGCUGACAGGGCAAGCAGCCUUUUUUGUUUGAACCGACACAAGAAGCAGUUUUCUGGGUAAUUGAUUAGCGGACGCUCGCAAGGGCACUCGGAGCUCCGUGCUCGUGAAAGGUCACCGCGCCAGUUAGCCGUCGGCUCUCCGCCCCGUAACUUCACCCCCCUGUCGUCCCCGGUGUGUCUGACAGGCAGCCUGCGCCCACCUCUACCCCGGGAGGGAAGCUCCAGGAAGCCGAGCCCCCUUGCUGUCCACCAUGGACGAGACGGAUGUGGAACAGGUGACCCUGGCUCUGCUCGAUGCGGCCACUGAUAAAGAUUCAGAGGUCCAGGAACAGGUCAGAAAGUCUAUGUUGACUCUGGGAAAACAGCAGCCAGACAGAGUGUUGGCCAUGUGUCAGGACUACCUCCUGAAACACCCCAAGUUGGUUGUAAGCCACAGAGUUGUGAUUCUUCAAACCAUUGAGCUGAUCGUUGGCUGCAGGAUAGACGCGAUCAGUUGCCCCAGGAUAAAAAGCAUCAUCUCCCUGGCUUCAGAUGAGAUGACGCGAUCAAAAGAGGUCGUCCCCGAUUGGCAGCAGGCGGCCAGUAAUAUUUUGGUUGCUGUGGGUAACAAGUACAUCAAUGACAUCAUGGAGGAAAUACUAAGCAAGUUUCAGCCGGGGCUCCUACCGCACUUCUUUGUGGUCCAGACACUGGCCAACCUGUCUGAUUCCAAUGUUUAUGGUAUGGUUCCCUUCCUGAAUGCUAUUCUGGGCACCAUGUUGCCGAUGUUGAGCAUGGCCAAACAUGACAACAUGAAGUGGGUCUUUUCCUCCGCUCUGUGUCAUUUCAGCGACGGUAUCUUGGAGUACCUCGCCAACCUGGACAAGGCUCCGGAUCCCACUGUGAGAAAGGACACUUUUUCCAGUGAAAUCUUUGCUGCUUUUGACAUCCUCUUCAAUAAUUGGUUGCAAAGCAGGGAGUCUAAGUUGAGGCUAACGGUAGCGGAGGCAGUGGGCUCUAUGUGCCAUCUGAUGGCGAGUGAUAAGCUGGAGGAACAGAUUCCUAAACUCAUUCCUGCCAUCUUGUCCCUCUACAAGAAAAACAACGAGCACUACAUCAUCAGCAAGAGUCUGUGCCUCGUGCUCGAUGCUUCGGUCAGUAUGGGCAGCAGGGUGCUGGAGACGCAACUGGACGGUCUGCUCCUGGCACUGCAUCAACAGGUGUCGACCCCGGUUGACUACAGCAACGCCCCCACUGUGAAGAACCACAACGAGGUCCUGCGCUGCUUCAGCUUGCUCGCUAACUCCUUCCCGGACCGAAUGGUCAUGUUUGUUCUCCAGAAGUUGGAGAACAGUAACGAGCGAAACAGGAUGGGCUCCCUGGCCGUCCUGCGUCACCUCAUCAACUCUACGACGUCCACAAUGGAGAGUAAGAAGCUGCUGAUUCUGGCCAGCAUCAGACAACCGAUGGCUGACCACAGCAACAAGGUCAAGAAGCGCGUGGUGCAGGUGAUCAGUGCGAUGGCUCAUCACGGCUACCUGGAGCUGGAGGGAGGCGAGCUGCUGGUUCGAUUCCUCGUGCAACACUGUGCCUUACCCGACACAUACCGGCGAGGCCAGAAGCCCACAGAUCCGGAGGAGGUGACGAACGAGGCGCUGAGGACGAUGUGCGACAACACGCUUCACCUCCUGACCACCACUGUUGGACGACUGGCCGAUGUACUUUGGCCGAAGCUGCUGUACUUUCUGACCCCUUCACAGUUCAGCAAUGCCGCCUCUCCUCUGUGCAAGAGUCUGAUAGUUCUGGGCAACAAGAAGAAAAGUAGCCAGGAGCCCAGCUUCAACAUAGACUUUGCCCAGGAAGUCAAUCUGCCCUCCCCUCAAUUACUAUUGGUCCGACUGCUGUUGAAUGCAGCGUUCCCAUUCAGCAGCAGAGGUCAUGGAGCUCCGUCCCUCUCGCUCCUUCAGACCCUCAGCGUCAACAUCCAUCCCAAAACGGAGGCACUGUGGGAGAAAGAGAUACCUCCUCUGCUUUCCACUCUAGAGGAGUCGACGACCGAGAGCCUGGACAAGAAGGACUGGGAUGAAAAGUUGCUGAAGCUCUUGUCUAACACCCUGGUGACUGUUGAUGACGACAAGUGGGUGUGCCAGUUGGCAGCCGAGGCAACAAGAUACCUCCCCACGUAUAACGCCGCCUUAGAAGAGAAAAGUUUCCUGUAUCGAUGUAUAGGAACGACUCUACAACGGAGUUUCAACAAGGAGUUGGUGAAGAAGCAGCUGCAGGAAAUGCUCCUGGCAGCGCGACACAGUGACGCCGUCGAAAGAGAGGGAGUUGCAAUGUCUGUCGGUCUGUGUGCCAACAGCCACCUCGAGGGAACGCUGGCCAAGCUGGAAGAGUUCGGCAAGUCGGACGCCUUCAAGAAGUCGCCGAGCAUCUUCAACCUUCUCAAGGAACGUAACGACGUUGAGAUCGAGAAGGUGAAAAGCACACUGAUCUUGUGCUACGGUCAAGUGGCUUUCAACGCACCUCCAGAAAAGAUUCUAACCCGCAUUGAUCAAGACAUCCUUCGCUGCAUCAAUAAACACUUCAACACCAAGGUUCUGGGGAUUAAAGUAGAGACAAAGGACCUGACUAUGAAACUCAGUUUGAUCCAGAGUGUCGGGCUCAUAGCCAGAGCCAUCCGCGUGUGUGUGAAGAAACAAGGCUACGUCUUCUCACGCAAACAGGAGCUCAUUACUCUCAUGCUGGAUUUGAUCAAAGCAGAGCCAGCUGACUCGUUGAGGACUCCAGUGCGCCAUCUUGUGAUGACCUCCUGUGCCAACCUAAUGCCUCUGGACCCGGCGCUGAGCGAGAACGAGAGCUUCGACUUGCUGAAGGUUUGUGUGAACAGUGUGUUCUCUCUGCCGCCGGAGACGCACACGCCGGAGAAAAUAAAGGAAGAGGAGACGCUGGACCCCAAGCAGAGACAGGCAUUGUACAGAGACACGUUGGCUGCACUGCAGGAGCUGCUGAAAAGUGUCCUAGCCAAGGAUCCCACGCCCGAUGGCCUGCAGAGUGUCUUCAAGCAUCUUGAAUCGUGGUUGAGCUCCGGACAGGACCACGAGAGGGAGAGAGCCGUCACGGUCGCUGCUCACAUGCUGGCUUACUACCUGGACAACCUGACUGUCAAGAACAUGGUGUCUUUCCACAACCUCGGUGCUCUGCUGGGCCGACUGUCUCCGCGGUGUUCUGACCCUCGGCCCGCCGUGCGCACCGCUGCCAUGGACUGUAUAUACUCUCUGCUUUACAUCCAGCUGCGCUACGAAGGUUUCUGCCUCGACUAUAAGGAUGACGGUGUGGACAGUCUGUUGCCCCUAAAAGACCGACUAGAGAACCCUGACCAUUCAAUUCUAUACAAGACCUGCUCCGACCUCACCAAGGUGAUGAGUAAGCGUCUGCCUCAGGAUCAGCUGACGACGUUGGUGUUCAUGUUGUUUGAAGGGCUGGCCGACAGUCAGGCAAACUGCUGCAGAGCCUCAUCUGUCAUCCUAAAUACUCUGCUGAAGAACAGAGGAGGAGGACUGCACGAGCUGGUCCCAGAGAUGAUGGAGGUGCUACAUGCGCGCCUGCAGAGCAUCACCGAGGAGCAGGUGCGAGUGGCAGUGGGACAGACUGUACUCAUCCUGGCUUCUCAGCAUCUGCAGGCUGUCAUCAAUACGCUAGUUAACCAACCGCUGCCUUUUGACAGCUGGACCAGCGAGAUGUGGAUGGCCCUGGGAGCCGACCCCAUUGUAGCCAAUCAGAUCUUUGAGAUGGUGAUCGAGAAGCUUCUCAUCAUGGCGCCCUACGUCGAUCAGAGGGAGUCGAUGAUCAGAGGAGGGACGAGAAAGGUGGCCACCUGUCAGCCGCUGGCUAUGACAUGUGGCCUCAAAGAGCUGUUGUUGAACGGCAACAGUCAGGAGGCGGCAGUCGGCACGUUUCCUCAGCUCUUCUCGUGUCUCACGGUCAGACUGGGAGCAAGUGUCGGGGUCUCGGCACCGAGGGACAACAACACGAAGCAGACGGCUUCCGUCCACGUCGCAGGGGUGGCGGCGGACGCUCUCCGAAUCUUGUUGGCACGAGCCCAGUUAGACGAGGUGAUGAAAAGACUGGAUGAAGAUAACGCCUGGGACGCAAUGAAGGAACAGGGUUCACACACUGCUGGAGUUACACUGCUGGCGAGGGCGAUGGCUAAGCAUGCUGGUCCCAGGCUGCCCGCCAUUGUGGAGUCUCUGUGCCCCUCCUUGAACAACAUUUACGAAUGCCAGAGAAUCACCGUCACGGCUUUCUUCUCCGAGCUCUUAAACCAUCACGUGGUGACGGAGUUGAUGCUGAUGGACGUGUUGAUGAACAACAUGAUGGAGAGGAUAUCGGAUCCCUGUUGCACCGUCCGCAUGCUGGCUGUUCGGGGGCUGGGCAACAUAGCCACGGGAUCGCCUGAGAAGGUGAACAAAUACGCCAAGGAGCUGCUGGCAGCCAUGAGUUCAGGCAUGGAGGAGAAGGACGAUCCAGGUAAGCUGAUUACCCAUGAAGCCAUGUCGGGUCUCUCCAAAGUUCUCGUCUACCUGGACAAGAAGAACGUCCACUUAUUAGUGGUCUAUAUCUUCAUGAAGAUCAAACCCUUCCUGGAAAGUGAGAACGAUGAGAUCCGCUGUGCUUCCAUCCAUCUCAUGGGGAACCUGUCCAAGUUUGGCUCGGGAGAGGCCGUGUUCAAAGACCAGAUCCACAAUGUCCUGGUCAGCCUGCUGUUGCACCUGGUUGACCCGAGCCCCGAGGUGGUCAAGGCGUGUAAGUAUUCGAUGCGAGUGUGUGCUCCUGUCGUGGGAUCGGAGCAGAUCACGGCCAUGUUCCAGAACCACCUUCACGAUGAGAAGAGUCUGCACUACGGAGAGUUUAUCAAUGACCUCACCAAGUACCUGAUUGAGGAUUUUCCAGGUAUGCUGAACUUUUAUCACAUAUCGGUCAUCCAGUUCUUCAAGAGCAACUGGGCCGAGGUCAGAGCGGGAGCGGCCAUGUUUAUAGGCUUUCUGCUGGGGAAUCUUCCAGAGGAGCAUUUCUCCCACCUCAACACGGGCACCAUCACUAAAGGCUUAGUGAUGCUGCUCCAAGAUCCAGCUCCUGUGGUGAGAGUGAAGGCUGCUGAGGCCAUGGGACGUUUCCACUGACACACAAAGACCUGCAUGCACAUCUUAGUGUUUCCUUUAGUCUCCAAUGCAGCAGAAACAAGAAUAUUUAGGCCCACAGUUUAUAAAAACACACAUUUAAACUAUUUAAAUGUACAGUAACUAUAACAGUAUUCAAAUAUCACAAUUGCAUUUCAUUUAAACCAAAAAAAUACGGGACCAAAGCAGGAACAAAUAAGGAGCCGGAAGCCAAACCCAAUUUACCAAUCUAUCACCAAAUCAUACAGAAUGAACACGUAUUGUUACGCACAUGUAUUUAGCAGCUUCGGUAAGAUUUAACUGUGGGACUUGAGAGGAAGUGUUGCUCCUCAGCUCCACGUCGGUGACCAAAGACUGUGCUGCUCCUGGUGUUUUGGCCUUCUGCGAGAGACAAUGCCAACGAGAUAGAAGUUUAUAAUGCAACAGGACCUUUAGAAUAAAUCUAGUUUCUUCAAAUAUUCAGAGAGAGAGAGAGAGAGAGAGAGAGAACCAGCAUUUCAUGAGAAGGAUGCAAUUGAAAGAAAACGUGAUAGUUGGGUUCUCAUCGCCGUGUCCAGUAGUCGAGAUCAUCUUAGCUGACUUCAGCCAGCAAUAAACAGACGGGAACCUCUUUUUACUUUUGACUUUAAUAUCUCACCUCGGCCCUUUUGCGUCUGUGCACAACUAACGUUUUCCAAUGGGUGGAGAAAAUGGAGAAUUUUUGAGGUGCUUUGGGAAUAUUAGUUUUGAAAGAUCCAACCGUUUUACUCAGGCGGAUGCGACCGUCCUGCUUUUUCGGUCCCCAACGUGUCAAACUGGCUGGUUCAGAAUCAGUUAAAGCAGUUUAACGAUCUACACGACUCUCUUGAGCCACGUUAACAUGUCGGUGCCACGCUGGACACUUCCCGGCGUCCCUUGAGCUGCACACGGUUUAUGGUUCAAUAUCCAGUGUUGCUAGGCAGACCACAAACAAGUAGUGCCAAAUGUUCAUUGAUAAUAUAAAUAAAUAAAUAAAUAUAUAUAUUAUAAUGACACCACAAAGACGCUGUAAAUGAUUCCCUCUUUGAAUGCACUUUGAUGUUGUUUCCAUAUCGUUAUUGCAUUAAGUGUUUUGAGGUUGUACAGUUUUAGGCCACCGUUGACCUCUUCCAGUCGUGUACAUAGUGUGUGUGUGUGUGUGUGUGUGUGUGUGUGUGUGUGUGUGUGUGUGUGUGUGUGUGUGUGUGUCACGCCCGUGCACACGACUUCAACUUGUUGUGGCUCCCAAAUGAAUUCACUCAAAUGCCAACAAGGAGGGAUGCAAAAUACUCCAUUGUGCGUCUUCCUAUGAAUGAGUCAGGAGAAAGCAAUACAUUGAUUGUUUCUAGAUUACAUUAAUGAUUUAUAUGUAUGUUUACCUCUGUUGCACUUUCAAGCUCUCAUAUAGUUCCUGAUUUUUUUUUUACACGUUUUUCUUUUAUCUUGAUAUUUUCUUUAAUGGGCACAAUUUUCGUUCUUUUUUUCCCCUCAUUUUCAGAUAAUUAGAAAGAAAGCGUUUAUAUAGUUGGAACAGAAAAGUAAAUGUUUCCCAUAAUGCGACAAGUUGUUAGUGGGUGGGAAAAAAACGAUGUAUCAAUCAAAAUGUAAAAGGCUGCUAUUUGUUGUAUUAAAUGUUCUUCUAACACUACGGCUUCGUUUGGGGGUGAAUAGAACAUAUUCACGUUCUGAGUUUUAAACUGUUAACUUUAUACUACUGAUUUCUUUCUUCUUUUUUUAAAAAGUUAUGUUUAAUGAGUGUCCCGGUAUGUACGACACACGUGUGCACGUCACUGGACUGGAAGACAGAGCGGAUGAUUGCAAUCAAUGUAUUUAAAAUAAACAGAUCAAUUAAAAAGUAUGAUUAGGGUGAUUUCUUUGGUUUGCAUUGGCAUUGUGAUCACAAUAUAUAACAUUAAUUUAGUUUUAAACACACGGGUGGUAAUAACGACGCUCUCGGCCUAUAACUGCAGCGUGUUUCCAUCCCCGCUCUUCGUCGAGGAGUCGUCUGCAUGCUCUUAUGAUCACAUGUCGACGUUAUGAUGUUCAUAUGAUCUCCUGUUGGAGCUGUUGGUCUGACCCUCUUUGUUCGUGUGGAGCAGCAGAGUAAAUACGAGCAGACAGACACGGUAAACACAACUAUUGUGCGUUUUCAGACGGGGGCACGACGACACGUUGACGACACGCGUCAUUCUUCGA